AUGUUGGAUCAAACGAUGAGCAUCAACAAGCUGUGUGGUAACGUGGCUCAAACGCAUUUUACAAUUCAGACGGCAGUAGCAUAUUUGGCGUCCCUGUUGUACAAAAGAAACCAAUCCCUGAUUGUUUACGGGGCCGCUGAAAGGUGUGUGUGUGUGUGUGUGUGUAUGGAUGUGGAUUAUUUUUAGGACCAAAAAUCCAUAAAGGAUAAGCAAUAAAAGCCAAAAAAUUCACCAAAUAAAACUUUAUAUGACCUGCUAUAGGUAAUCUGAUUAAAUCAAGUGGUAUUAUAUUAGGAUAUUAAUACAAAAAUUACGUAAAUGUUUGUAUUAUUUUCGAUUUUUGUGCUAUUUGUUUAUUUUUGUUACUUUUUUAGUUUUUAUUUUACUUUUUGUGGAUGAAAUUGUUUUGGCUGACCAGAAUUACAUGAAAACUAUAGAAGUUCUUCAUUAGUUGUUCCGUGAUUGAAAUAUACCAGGUUAUUGCCAUUUAAUAUACUUUGGCUUUAUCAAAUAGAAAAAAAAAAUGGUAAUGUAAUGUUAAAUCUGUGUUUUAUACUGCAUGGGUUCUCAAAUUUUUGAGGUCCACGUCUCCUUUAAAACUAUUAUAUGAGUUCACGCCUCACCUCCUCACUACUGUAAGAUUGAUGUAUGUAUAAUAUACAGUGGGAGUACUAGUGCAAAAUAAACUGGUAUAUUUCAAUCAUGAAUUGUUUUAAGUGGUUAAAAAAGUUAGAGGUAAUGUAGUAGAAUUUUUUUCUAAACUAAGUUUUACUUAGUUUAAAACUAAAUAAAUUUUUACGAAAACCGUAAAAAUGAUGUAAUUCAAAAAUAUGUACGAAUCAUUUUUCGUUAGCCAAUGAUUUAUAAUUUAUAUAUAUUAUACGUAUAUAUUAUUGAAGUUUGGACCGUUUUCAAGGAAAGACGACUAUAACAUGUAUUUUACGAAUUUGGGCGUGCGAAACUGCAAAUUGCUUGACGAAAACUUUCUCGAGUGUAGUUCCAACAAUCAGCUGUCAUUGGACAUCGUGUCUAUACUGGCCACGCCGCCUAACACGAAUACGGGGGUAAGAUCAAGAUCGCUGGCUUAUAUAUAGGUUAGGAUAAGGCUAUUAUUAGGAAUGGGCCAACACCACUUUUUACCGAUGUUCGAUAUUCCGAUAUAAUAAUAUUAUAUGUUAAUGAUAAUGAAAAAAACCUAUACCGCCAAAGCUUUAAAACAAAAAAAAUGAGUUUAUAUUGAAAUAAUUACCGAGAUAUCGGUUGAAAUCCCGGUUUUGUUUAUGUUUCUUUCAUACAUUUUAGAGCAGUGGUUUUCAAACUGGGUAAUGCAAGCAUUCAUUGCGUGUGCCACUACUGCGGUUUUUUGAAAUUUGUUUUCCUUAAAUUGUGAUGAAAUCGUAACUCUUUUAACUGAAAAGCGAAGUGUGCUGUGGCCAAAGAAGUUUGAAAACCACUGUUCUAGAGUCUAGUGUAAUGUAUACAUUUUUCUUCUUAAAUGUCGGUUUUAUAAAAUAACCGAUUCCGAUAAAACCGAUAGCUACCGCCGAUAUUGAUAUAAUCGGUUUGUGCCUAAUUAUUAUAAAGCUGAAUAGUUUGUAACUGUGGUUUACUUGUAUAGGUCACGGACCCCGUAAGGCUUGUGUGCUCAAAGGGCGGAGACCUUACAUUGCUGAGGGCAGUGGCGUCAUUGGAUUAUACCGAGGAAUCGUCGGACAUACCUUGCAUGUUGGAGCAGAGGGAUACGCUGCGUAUGGCCAUGUCCAAGCCACAGGUGACAGUAUCGUGUAAACGCAAAUUUUAACUGUCUAAUAUACGAUUUAGGAUAAUUACUUCGACGUGAGCUAUAAUUAUUUUUAAAUUUUACUAUAUUCUAUACCCAUUAUCAUAAAAUUUGCUAUAAUUUUAACAAAAAUAAGUAAUAUAAACAACACCUGCAACUAUAGGAAUAUUUAUUCCCAACUAGCUGGAUUACAGAAUUAAAUCCAAAAUAAAUUCGAUUCAACGACUAAUUACGUGUCUCCUUUUUCCAUCCUAGUCCCUAAGGCAGUUAAUCGUAGUUGUUGUUCGGUAAUUUAUCUUUUGAAAAGGGUACUUCCCUCAGGGUAGGCGCGCGGCGUGUUAAUAUUGUACCACCACUCUUCCCCAACCCUAACUUAAAAAUAAAAUAUCUCAUCAACGGCUUGAUAGAAAUCAAAAAUGUUAACACUAAAAUUAUUUUGAAUUAAUACACCAUCUAUUUACAGCCUUUUUAAUAUAGGUUGCCAUUUAAAAAUCAAAAGUAGGUAGUGGCUUUACCCCCGAAAAUAAGGGUAACAAAAAAUAACAUAAAUAUAAAACUGUAGAGCAGCUUGUUUUUUAAAUAUUCUGGAAAACAAAUUCCGGAAAAAGUUAAUACUUUCCGAGAUAAUGAGUAUACACAAUUCACAAUACUUAUCUAAAAAGUAAAAGUAAAUAAUUAUUACUUAUGAACUCAAAACAAAAGUAAUCAUAUACUAGAAAUGUUCUAUAAAACAGAAACAAGAACCAAAUUACUACGAUGACAUUUGACUGUAAAAUGAUUAGAAGAUCAAUGUAUCUUGCGCAAUAACAUAUGUACUUAUAACCUAAUAAAUUAUUAAAAUGUUUUAAAAAAAAAAUAGUUUUCAUGAAAUUGAUUGAUUUACAUUUUAUUUUAUUAUAAUUAUUUAUUGAAAUCUAUUGAAAAUUAUAGGUUGAAAAUUUAUUAAAAUUUAUAGAAUUACAAUUAGAACAAAAUAUUAUUACCGACCUAAUCUAAAGAGGAUGGAAACGUUGAUUUUGCCACUGCGACUUAUAAAUGUAAUAACAUUGGUUUUUUAUUCUAAUCAAAAAAUACUUAAAUUGAUGUUAUUAAAAAAAUCCGUAAAAAUGAUAGGCACAUAAUAUCAUUUAUUAUACCGUAUUCUUAAAAAAAAAAAAAAAUAUAACUUUUAACGAUUUUCAUGGAUAAUAGGUAUCCUCGCUAUUUGAAAAGGGGAUUUACUGGAAAUUUUAAUACCUAUAGUAUUUGAUUUAUGGGGUAAAUAUUCAAAAUUACUUAGUGUAAAUGGUAGGUACCUACUUACAAUAGUGCAAAUUUAUUUAGAAACGAAGUUCAAUUAUUGAAAGUCAAAUGCAUUCAAUUGCCUAAUAUUAAUACGACAUAUAAUAAAUUAGAUAUUAUAAAUAGGUAUAUUGAAGUGAACCCCAAUUGCAACUUUUUAAUUCAAAUCUUGAUUGUAUUAUCUCUGACAUUUUUACCAGCAUAGAGAAGUUUUUCAGUUUUAAAAAUAUUUAAAGUGUGACCACGACUGAAACAUCAAAUGGGACAUAAGAAAGGUUAGUUGGUUUAGUUUUGGUAAAUGUUCAUCAGAAUAUUGACAUUUUACUUGAUUGAGUCUCUUUAUUAAUAAAUAAAAUAAAUAUCAAACAUGAAAAAUGAAAUAUUUGGUUAUUAUUAUUUAAUACAAAGUAUCUGUGCAAAUAAUCAUUGAUGUGUGUAAUGACUUAUUAUAAUAAUCGAUUAUAAAAAUAUUAGUGGACACUGAUGCCUUAUGAAAUAAUACAACAUUUUAUUGGCGUUAAUUUACCUGUGAAAAUGCUGCACUUGCACCUCCUGAACAUUUUAAAAAUGUGUAUAAGUACCUACUUUUAAUUUCUAUUUUCAAAAGUAAAGUAAGAUUUACCAAGAAAGUUUGAGUAUUGGUGUGAUGGAAAGUUGAAUAUUCCAUUGCACCGCCGGAAAUAGAGAUCAAUAACGCCGCUGCAGCAACAUUUAAUAUGUCGGAUGAAUUGUAAUACCUCUCGCCUACCUGAAUAAUUUCUGGAUUCAUCCCUGGAUUGAGCUAUUUGCUAUUUGCUACAAUUUGCUAUUUUAUAUCAAGUUAAUCCAGUUAAUCAAGUUAAUCCAGAUAGUAAUCCAGUCAAGUUUAGGUGUUUACUGUUUACUGGUGAUUAUUAUACAGUGUGUCCCACCUUGUUCGACGGAUUUUUCUUGCGUUGCUAAUAUUACAUUUUUUUCUAUUUUUUUUUUUUUCAAUCGGUUUGUCUUCGAGAGAGGUAUCGAUUUGGGUAAAAUUAAAUUUUACAUUUCUGUAUUAUAGCUAUACGUUUAUUGUAGAAUUCGUGAAUAUAGGUAACGAAAAAUGUAUUUAUUUUUAGAUUCUAAGUGGAACGAGGAAUGUUUUGGUUUUACAAAAAUUAUUUUUUUUAUGUGAACACUUUUUCUAACAGAAAGCGUACUCCGAUUAUCAAGUAUAGCAUCUUUUCUGAAAGUAAAUUUUCUCUGGGUGGUACUUUAAAGAAGUCAUUUUUUGCAAUACUCAUUAAUAUUCGAGAUAAUGAGGAAAACCUCAAUUUUUAGGUUAAAAAAGAUUGAAAGAUUCAAAAUAAGGUUGUCAUUGGCAUUUUAUAUAAUUAUAAUUUUACAUAAUUGACAACCGUUUUUAUUUAUUUUCUGUUAUUAUUAGGUAUUUAUUAUUUUAAUCUUUUUUAAACAAUCAUUUUUGUCAUGGAAACGCACAUUGUUGUAAUAAUUUUACUAUAAUAUGACAUAAUAUAUAUUGUUGACAAAGCAAAACUAUCAACUAAACACCACUUUGAAUUGUAUUUUCGUUAGCCAUGGGAUUUACCGUUGCUUACAGAUAUACAUUAAAUGCCUACCUUCCUACCGUAUCCUACCUUCCUAACUUCCCACCUACAACAGUGGCUGCGCCCACAUGCGAAGUAUGUCCGUCCUAUUUUUAUUUUCUUAUAUAGGUGGUAUUGUUUAUAAAUAUAGGUGUAAUUCAUUUACUGUAAGUAUUGAAUUAACAGUAAAUGAUAAUAACUUGUAAAAUAUAAAAAAUUAUAUUACAUUCCGAAACGGCCAGCUCUCCGUGUCAGGUGUCUAAUAUUUUUGAACUAGUUGCGCCUACCUAAUGGACAAUAGGUAUAGGUAUAUGGGUACCAAUAAAAUACUCGUCCUGUUAACCUGGAAACCAGAUUAAUCUCUUACUACCCGACAGGCCGAAAUCCUUUUUCCGAACUUUUACUCUUUAACAGGCAGGGAUUCUCUCUUCCCGAACCGUUAAUCAAUUGGAACGUUUCUAUAAAUCUUACCCGUUAUCGUAUCCCGCCGGUCGGUCUUCCCAGCUGUCAAUAAUUGUUGCCCUCAUUGCAGUUAUUCGAUCGGUGCGCAGGUGCAAAUAGUCGUGUACGAAACUCAUUCCCGGCUGGAGCUAGAGAACGGCGGCAUGGUCAAGGCGGUGGCCGAAGAGAUGAACGGGUGGGCGUACGAGAAGCACAACGCGGACAACUAUUAUUCGUCCGUCUGCAGUGCCGAGGACUGCAAUAAGUUUAGCACUUCUGUGGAAACCCCCUGGCGGCCGGCUGCACACCAACCCGUCGAGGUUUGUACCUAUAUAUUUACAGGUUAAGUAGGGACCUCCUAUGUAUAUUACCGACGAAGCGAAUUAUUUUAUAGAUGCGUUAAACCCCCGAUAAUAGGCAAAAAUUUCAAUGAAGUACCUCUGCACGAGUAUAAUUUAUUUAAAAACCUAUCUACGUCGAUAGACUUACUUAUAUACAUAUACAGUUUAGUAUCCAUAUACAUUAUAAAUGAUCAGUUUUUGGUAGACAAUUUACACAAACUGUGAUGGGCUCGUAUUUCUGAAUCCAGUUAAUCGGCGCGUAUAUACGUAAAAAUUACCAAAACGAAACUUAAUGAAAACUCGAUUUUCAUAUUUAUUGGUUUAUUAUACUAACAUAAAUAAUAUAGCCGUUUGAUUCACAGUUUGUUUGAAUUUUAAAAUAAAUCAAUUUUUUUAAUCCGAGGAUCACGAUUAAAUGUUGUUCAUAUACUUCAUAAACUAUAUGCAAUUAAAACACCUACUAACGAUUAUUUAGUUAAUUUUUAUGCCCGUACUUAUAUUAUUAUUAUUAUUAUUUAUGUGUUCUAAAAGAUUCCCGACAAGGAUCGGUUCGAAACAAUGAUUUUGUACCCAGAUAAGGCAAUAGAGAACAUGGAAAAGAAUCACGUAACUGGAAGCAUUUACUUAGCUGCUGUUAAAAGAGUAGUAAGUAUAACCUCACGUUUAUUAAUGUUGUUUUACAUCUAUAAUUAUAUUGUUUCAAGGAACUAAUGACUUUUGACGCAAAUCAUUUGAUACGGAUGGCUGAACAGAGAGGAUUGUUUGGCAAACCUGUGAAAGGACGUAAACAAAAAAUUCCUAGUCCCAUUAUAUUGUCUUUGACCAAUAGUGAUGAACCUAGGUAUCUAUCAAAUAAAUAACAUAAUAUAUUAAAUUUGAUUGUUCAUAUUCAUAGUUCAUACAAAUUGAGUUUUUUUUACAGAGUGGUAUUAAAAUUUGAACAAAUGCAUGUUUUGGUACCUACGCAUGCGUUCAUUCAGCGUUAUACUAAUAAAACAUUAUGGUGUCCACGUUUCAAUAAACCUUAUGAUAAGGCAUCUGUGGCUACUCGAUGGUGGAGAAUAAGUGUACGUUAUGUUAUCAAAGCAUUGAGAGAACCUUUUUUUGUAUGGUCAAAAGUGCAAAUGGUCAGAUUUGGGAAACGUACAAAUAGAACACCACUGCAUUUAAAAAGAGUCACUGCAAUAUUUAAGCCACAAAAAUGA